GGCGGCUCUCUGAACCCCGGCUCCGCCCCGCAUCCUCCUCCCUCCCGCGCGCGUGCGCCCGUGGUGACGGUGCGCGCUCGGCUUGUUCGGCAUGGCCAGGAGCUGCAGCCAUGGCAGUGCAGCACCACAUCCUCGAUUUCUGCCUGUCGGCGCCAGCUGAUGGCAGAACUGUUAUUGAAGCAUUGGAACCAAUUUUUCAGGAACAACGAAUGACCAAGACAAUUCACAAUUUAGGCGAAAAUGGUUUCUUGGUAACGUAUAUUUCAGAGUCUGGCAGCUUUGCCACCCUGAGAAUGUACACGGAUAAGCUUCUGACAUUUGACAUCCACAGCUAUGAAUUGGAUAACAAAGGACGAGCAACAAUUGAAACUCUCUGUGACAAACUAGAACAGAAACUGAAAGAUCUCUUGCAGGGGAAUAUUAACAGACUAAAAAGAUUGCCUGCAAUCAUAAGAGGUGGGACCAUUGAUAGAUAUUGGCCUACUGCAGAUGGUCGAUUGGUUGAAUAUGAUAUUGAUGAUGUUGUUUAUGAUGAAGAUUCCGCAUAUCAGAACAUCAAGAUUCUUCAUUCAAAACAGUUUGGAAAUAUUCUUAUCCUCAAUGGUGACAUCAAUCUAGGAGAAAGUGACCUCCCAUAUACACAGGCUAUAAUGGGCAGUGGAAGCGAGGACUACACAGGAAAAGAGAUUCUUAUCCUGGGAGGAGGCGAUGGUGGAAUCCUAUGUGAGCUUGUUAAGUUAAAACCAAAGAUGGUCACCAUGGUGGAAAUUGACCAAAUGGUGAUCAAUGCAUGUUGCAAACACAUGCGCAAAACCUGUGGAGAUGUUCUGGACAAUCUGAAAGGAGACUGCUAUCAGGUUUUAGUGGAAGAUUGUGUUCCAGUACUGAAGACAUAUGCUGCAGAAGGCAGGGUAUUUGAUUAUGUUAUUAAUGACCUGACAGCUGUUCCGAUCUCCACAUCUCCAGAAGAAGAAUCAACAUGGGAUUUUUUGCGACUUAUUCUUGAUCUUGCGGUGAAGGUUUUGAAACCCACUGGAAAGUAUUUCACACAGGGUAAUUGUGCAAACUUAACUGAAGCACUCACGAUGUAUGAGAAGCAGCUGAACAAGCUCUAUUGUCCUGUGGAAUAUUCAAAGAAUGUUGUUUGUGUUCCCUCGUAUGCAGAAUUAUGGGUGUUCUACACAGUAUGGAAAAAGUAAAACCUGUCUUUUCAAAACAAAAGUUGAGUUGUAAUUUUAUGAAAAUAAAUAAAGUUCUUAAUCAUAAGGAUGCCGGGGUGAAGUGCUGCAUGAUGCUUUUUAGCUUGCACCCUGGUUCAUAUUCUUUCUAAAACAAAAAAUGCUCUGUACUUAAAGUCAAAAGUGCUGGCCCAAGGGGUCUUGCAUUGUGCUGUGAUGCACAACUCUUUUCAUGAAAUGGCAACUUCUAUAUUUUGCUGCAUUUUGUUUUAUUAUUUCUGGUCAAUUAUAUUUUAAAUGGAAGUGAAAGGAAAAAGUCUUGACUCCACUGGUCUAAUGCGUAUUGCUGUAAAUGUGAACCUAGUUCUCCUGUGUGAAUGGCAAAUUCACAAUUUGUUUAGUGAUAUUUUGUUCAUCUAAGUGUUUGUCUUUGUUUGGAUUUCAACUUUCAAACUGCUACGUACACAUGUCAACCAUAAAACCUUUGGAAAUUAUUUUUUUAUUUAUUUGCUGUUUUUCUCAGAAUCAACACAAAUAAAAAGAUGUGUUGCUAUUUUAGCAAACUUACUACUGUUGCCUCUUGAAAGGGCGAAUGGCAGGAGAAAGAAGCGUAGAUUGCUUCAUGCAUGGAAAAUGGGAAUCAGUUGUUCAAACCUCUUUCUCUGUCAUUGUAUGAAUGUUUGUCCAGGCAUGUUGCUAAUAUUAGAGUGAUAUGUUUAUUGUUUCAUUAAUCACAGCAGAAUAGUUUUUCUUUCUGGUUGAGUGAAAAUGUUUUCACUUAUCAGCACUGAGAACCAAGCGGUUUCUGUCAUUAUUUAUUUUGGUUACGAUAUGAAUGAGCGAUAGGUUACAAAGACAUAUUUUAAUCAUAAAUUUAGGUUAAAGCAAAAAGUACCAUUGGUGCAUGGGAAUAAUAACUCUUGGUAAUGGGCCCAAGUCCCAAGAGAAAAAUAAGAACAAGGCUUUGAUACUUUAACCUGAAUAUGGAAAACCCUGCAGAUUACUCAUUCCCCGUUUUUGGUAAUAUGGUUUCAUUAUUUGCCAGCAGUCAUUCAUGGUCAUCACAUAUAUCAGGGUGAACAGACAUAAUUAACAUUGUUGCUCCACUCAUGGUACAGAGCAUUAAUUGCAGCAAGUACAGUGCCCUCCAUAAUGGUUGGGUCAAAGACCCAUCAUUUAUUUAUUUGCUUCUGUACUCCACAAUUUGAGAUUUGUAAUAGGAAAAAAAAUCACAUGUGGUUAAAGUGCACAUUGUCAGAUUAUAAUAACCAUAUAACAAUUACAGCACGGAAACAGGCCAUCUCGACCCUUCUAGUCCAUGCCGAACACAUAAUCCUUGAACUUGACCUUGACCUUGAAUAAUCAAGGUCGUUUUUAUAUAUUUUGGUUUCACCAUGUAGAAAUUACAGCAGUGUUUAUACAUAGUCCUCUCACUUCAGGGCACCAUAAUGUCUGGGACACAGCAAUGUCAUGUAAAUGAAAGUUGUCAUGUUUAGUAUUUUGUUGUAUAUCCUUUGCAUGCAAUGACUGCUUGAAGUCUGUGAUUCAUGGACAUCCAACAGUUGCUGGGUGUCUUCUCUGGUGAUGCUCUGCCAGGCCUGUAUUGCAGCCAUCUUUAGCUUAUACUUGUUUUGAGGGCUAAUCCCCUUCAGUUUUCUCUUCAGCAUAUAAAAGACAUGCUCAAUUGGGUUCGGAUUGGGUGAUUGACUUGGCCACUCAAGAAUUGACCAUUGUUUAGCUUUGAAAAAUUCCUUUGUUGCUUUAGCAGUAUGUUUGGGAUCAUUGUCUUGCUGGAAAAUGAACUGCCGGACAAUGAAUUUUGAGGCAUUUGUUUGAACUUGAGCGGAUAGGAUGUGUCUAUACACUUCAGAAUUCAUUAUGCUACUACCAUCUGCAGUUGUAUCAUCAAUGAAGAUAUGCGAGCUAUUAUCUUCAGCAGCCAUACAUGCCCAGGCUGUAACACCCCACCACCGUGUUUUACAGAUGAGGUGGUAUGCUUUGGAUCUUGGGCACUUCCUUCUCUCCUUCAUACUUUGUUCUUGCCAUCACUCUGAUAUAAGUUAAUCUUUGUCUCAUCUGUCCACAAGACCUUUUUCCAGAACUGUGGUUGCUCUUUUAAGUACUUCUUGGCAAACUAACCUGGCCAUCCUAUUUUUGCAGCUAACCAGUGGUUUGCAUCUUGCAGUGUAGCCUGUGUAUUUCUGUAUAUUGUCUUCUGCACAGUGGACAUUGACAAAUCCACACCUGACUCCUGAAGAGUGUUUCUGAACUGCCAUACAGGUGUUUGGGGAUUUUUCUUUAUAAAAGAGAGAAUUCUUCAGUCGUCAGCUGUGGACUUCUUCCUUGGCCUGCCAGUCCCUUUGCGAUUAGUAAGCUCACCUCCAAACAGUUGAUGUUGGUAAGCCUAAGGUUUGGCUGAUGUUUCUAACAGUUUUAUUCUUGUUUCUCAGUCUCAUAAUUUCUUCUUUGAAUUUGGCACAACUUUGAUCCUCGUGUUGAUAAACUACAAUGAAAGUUUCCAAAGGUGAUGGAAAGACUGGAGGAAAGACUAGGUGCUGGCAGUUCUCUUAUAUCAGUAUUAAGGAGGCAUUUAAACACACCUGAGCAAUUAUGAACAACCGUGAAGCCAUGUGUCCCAAACGUUGUGGUGCUCUGAAAUGGGGGAGGGGGGGGGGGGGACUAUGUAUAAACACAGCUGUAAUUUCUACAUGGUGAAACCAAAUUGUAUAAAAAAUACUCUUUAAUAAAAUCUUACAAAGUGCACUUUAACCACAUGUGAUUUUUUUUUUUUCUAUUACAAAUCUCAAAUUGUGGAGUACAGAGGCAAAUAAGUCUGAAGAAGGGAUUUGGCCCGAAACGUUGCCUAUUUCCUUCGCUCCAUAGAUGCUGCCACACCCGCUGAGUUUCUCCAGCACUUUUGUCUACCUUGAAAUAAAUAAAUGAUGGGUCUUUGUCCCAAACAUUGUGGAGGACACUGUCAGUUGGAGAUUCUUGCUUGUAUUGUCAUUGCAUCUCUAACCUGCUUGUAGUAAAGAGUCAUCACUUUUGCAAAGGAAUUUCAGUGUGCUGUCUCAAGAAGUAAAUAUUGGAUAUUACAAUGUUGUAAUGAUCAAUCAGCCAGUUGUUAAUCUUCAGAACAUUUUUGUUAAAUUAACUUUAUUUCCUUUGUUUAAACAUCAAAUUAAAAUAAAUUACAAAUCGGCAAGGAAAUUGGUGGGAAAUAUCAGGAGACAGGCAGGAUAUUUUUUUCAUCAAAUUGUAUAUUAUUUGAUAUUGAUUUAGCAAGGACCGCCUAAUUUUGCAAAACCCCAGUUAGGAGAACUGUAUUUUUUGCAUCCUUUGUUCUUGUGCAGCACAACCUUUAUUAUAUGUAAGCUGAUGUACGAGUUUCUGCAAGUCCUCUCAGAGAGCUGGCUUUCUCUUGUAGUGUAUUGUGAGGUGGUUCCAUCCAAAUAGCACAGCCAGCAUGCACAGUAAUUCAAACACAUGAAAUACUUUUUCGGCAUGUUAGACAAUGCAACUUCACACAAAACAGCCUUUGCACUAAAUGCUGCUCUCACUGUGUAGAACUAUGGUCAGGUACAGUAGACAGGAGUUUAUAAAGAUUUUAUCAAUGGUGGUUUAGUUCUGUAGUUAAAAAAGUGCAACAGUGCAGUAAAUCGUACAAUAUAUGUCUUAACUUGAAUUCAGCUGCUUGUUUUAAACUCGUAUAAAAGUUUGUGUAUGUCAACAUUUAAUGAAAAGGUACAAGGCCACAGCACUGUAAACAUUGUACCCACAUAAACUCUUAUUUUUAAAACGGA